GUAACUGUGAGGCAGUCGAGUCUUGCUUGCUUAGCCGAAGAACUGUUCGCGGCACAGCUCGAUUAAAACAAUUGCACCAUAGCGUUAUAUGUUCGACUAUCAUCUCGGAGAAUUACUUUAAAAAGCAUGUGCAUUGAGAAAAUAGCUUAAAUUUCCGCUUGAAGACUAUUCGCUGCGGAAAAAAUAGCAACAUGCUAACUAGGGAGCUAAUGUAGUUCGCUUGUGAAACGGAAUAUAAACAUUCUAGUGGCAACAUGGCGGACUCGCCGCCGCUGUCGGGGGUUAAUGUGGUCCUGGUGAUGGCGUAUGGCAGCUUGGUGUUCGUGCUGCUCUUCAUAUUCGUCAAAAGACAAAUUAUGCGUUUCGCCAUGAGAUCCCGCCGCGGCCCGCACGCACCCAUCGGCCACAAUGCCCCAAAGAAUCUGCGUGAGCAGAUCGAAUCCCGGUUGUCUAAAGUUCACGAGAUCCGGUUCGAACCCCGUCUCCUGCCCAAAGAUGAUGCCAGGCUCAGGCGUGGUUCAGAGCUGAGUUGCUAUAACUACCUGUACAGGAUGAAAGCUUUGGAUGCCAUUCGAGACUCAGGCAUCCCCUUGGAGGAGAUGUGCAGCUGCCCGAACGCCUUCACGGGCCGAAGCUUCCGGAACUGGCUGCUGGAGCUGCGCGACUCGCACGCGCUGAUCAAGAGCAGCCACGGGGCGCUCAUCGACCGGCUGCUGGAGGGCUACGACAACGCCCGCCACGGCACCGGGGUGUUUGGGGAAGUGGAAUUUCUGGAAUAUCAAGAGGCACUGAACCAGUUAGCAAACGUCGUGAAGGCAUACUGGAGCGCCAACAGCGUGGAACUGCAGCACCAGUCGGCCGCCAAGGACCUGACGGGUUCCCCGGCCCGCAACGCUCCGUCCACCAUCCAGGUGACCUACCUGCCGUCGACCGGCCCGCGCAGCAAGAGGCCCAAGCACUUCCUGGAGCUGAAAAGUUUCAAAGACAACUACAACACACUGGAGAGCACGUUAUGACCUAGCUGUGUUUUUAUUAUGUGUACAGUUAUCGUUGGAGUACAUUUUUUGGAUGUGAUAUUUUUGUAAGUGCCAUAUUUAUUGUUGCCUCACCUCAGAUUAAAGUGUCGACGUGCACAAAUGUGUUUCCGUGAUGUUUU